AUGGACGACCACAAUACACCAACCUGUCCAUUCUGUCCAUUCUCUGACCCAGACGCUGGUUUCGUUGCAGAACACAUUGAAUUCUGUCAUCCAGAUGGGGGUGCCGGACUAGCCAUCCAGGAUUCAUAUCCUCUCAACACCCGCAGCUCAUCAUCGGCAUCACCGCCUAUCGACGAUGGGCCAGAAAAGUAUGUAGACUGUCCACAAGGGUGCGGGGAGAUAGUCACGGCAGCUGAACUAUCGAAUCACCUGGACUUGCAUAUCGCAGAAGGCGUGGCGCUUGACGACGACACCGCCGAGGAGCCCUUUCGUGGUGACCUGGUGUCCAGCGACCAUGAUCUCUCAGACAAGGAGGACUCGUUGAAUCUCCCCGGAAGUCGAAAGAGCGGCAAGCAAAGCAGUAACCGGGGCUUCUCCAGAGCAAAUGGCUUCAAAUCAGCGCGGGCGCGGAGUCCCCCAAGCACAAUCGGACCAGAUGGCGCGAAGCGGCUCGGGCGUUCCGAGCUAGGCCCUCAUGCACAUGAGAAGAAGAUGCCCUCCUGGCUUAGGAAGAUGCUGGAGAAAGGUGGCCGCACCACAAAGCAGACCCAAAUCACAUCAGACGGGAAACUCGCAAGACACACACGAGUGGAGAAUGAGACAGAACAACUUAUUCCCGUCAUCGCGAAACUCUGUGAACAGGACAAGUCCGUCCAGCGCGCUUUUCUAUGUAGUACGAAGGUCCGCCACGUCUGCAAAAUGCCCCGAGAGGGUGGGUUCUGUGGCUACCGCAAUAUUCAAAUGUUGAUCUCCUACAUCACCAAAGCCAGAGCACCGGGUCAUGAACAUUUCCCGAGAGGAGUGCCUACUAUCAUUGAACUGCAGGACUUGAUCGAACAAGCUUGGGACAUGGGAUUCAACAGCACCGGGAGAACUGAGACGGGAGGAAUCAAAGGCACUCGAAAAUUCAUCGGAACACCGGAGGCUCAAGCCCUCUUCAUGAGCCUUGGGAUCCAAUGCGAUGCAAGUAGUCUAGCAGAGUCGAAAGAUAUGCGAGCCUGCGACUCUCUUUACAUGGAAGUAGCUGCCUACUUUCGAUCGGCAUGCUCGCUCGACGACAAGGAGAAGGUUUUCAAGACCGAUCUACCGCCAAUAUACUUCCAACACCAGGGGCAUUCAAUGACCAUUGUGGGCUUCGAAAUCCGCGACAAGGGCAGUGCCAACCUGCUGGUGUUUGAUCCUAUGUUCAAGACUUCCCCCGGCAUCCAGCGUCUCAUUGGGUCAUCAGCCAGGUCCGACAAUCCGGCUCGUCUGCUCAAAGCGUAUCGACGAGGAUCCUCCUAUCUGCAGAAAUACAAGCUUUUCGAGCUCCUCAAAUUAUGUACACCCGACCCGAUUCCGGCGACCAACACAUAG